AUGGGCCGGAAGUGUGAAUUUUAUUUUUGUGGAAAUCAUCAAGGUAUUCCAGGGAAACUAGGAAAGGUCUCUUUCUACAGUUUUCCCAAAAACCAGGCACUAUGUUCCCUUUGGGUGGAGUCCUGCAAUUCUCCAGAAGCUUCAGACGCUUUCAAAAGCCAGGGAUAUCACGCUUUCCUAAACAAAAAACUUUGCUCUGAUCAUUUUUCAUUGAGCUCUUUCCGGGAUUCGACAAAUAAAAAUAAAGGCCUAGUAGCUGGUGCUGUUCCCUCUUCACGCGCAAAAAUCGGUUUUGAAAACCUUUCCGAAGAUGUUCCGAAGAAUGUUGUCGAUGGUCGUGAUUUCAGCUCAGAACCAAAUGAAACGACUAUUGAGUUCAUCGAUGGAGAUGAUGAUUUCGCCAGAUGGUUUCAAUCAACGCAAUCUAAACUAUCUCCUGAAAAGGAACGAGACUCCAGAACUAUUGUGCAAGAUCAACUUCACGGUGUUAUGGAGAUCCGACCUGAUAAUCAUACCGGUACCGAAGAUGAGGCGCCGCCGUUCGGUCAGUUCAGCGACAACCCAAAUAAAAACAUACCUCCUGUAGUAUCAUCCGAAACGUCGCUACGUCAAAGCCUUAAAUCAAGGGAACUAACCAUAAAACUGCUCAAACAAAAUAUGAAAUCUAUUCGGCGCCAAAUGUUCGUCCAAGACCAAACCAGCAAACGUAGAUUGAAUGCUUCCAACCGCCUUGGAAGUCACGUGCAGAUGAAAUUUGUUGAGAAGAGUGUUAUGGCAAUCAGAAAGAUCGGGCUGAUACCAAUAGCCCUUGUGAUGGAUCAGUGCACAACGAAUCAAAAAAUGAUCCGUGAAGCUGGCGCCACCCAUGCCGAUCCUCUAAUCAACAUAGGCGGUGAAGAUAUUGCCGUUCUAUACGACACGCCUCAUCUGUUGAAAAACACGCGGAAUGCUUUAUUAAAGCACAAUGCAGUGUUCGAAGGUGGAAUAGCUUCUUUUCAGCAUAUAAAAGAAUUAUAUGACACUGACGUAACUUCUUCUCUACGGCUGGUUCCAAAAUUGAAUCACAAAUGUAUAACAUUACCACCUUUCACAAAAAUGAACGUACCUCUGGCGUACGUGUUACGUUAA